CGACCGUUCAUGAAAAUGCUGCAUCCACGCAAAGCUCGGCUGGAACGCCGGAUGGUUGGCUCGACCAACCGGUGGCGUUUUCCCAGAGAGGCUUUCUCCGGGGACCUGCUAGGACUUUCCCAGAUGUGCAAGGCUUUGAACGUGGACUUUGAAGAAGUUUUGAAGAACCCAGACAGGUUAUGCAUUUCACAAAUUCAGAAAAUUUUCUUGGGGAACUUGAAGAACAAGACCAUCCCAAGUGGGGAGGCAGACGUGAUUCUCACAUGUCUGGGCUCCAAAUGGGAACUCCACCAGCCCCAGCUUUUCCAGUCUGAGACCUUGGCCAAGCUCUUCCUGAUGGCACUGGCCCAGGGCACCACAAGCCCCACAAAAGAACUGGAGAGGCUUCUGCGAGCCCACUUGCGUGGGAAUGUCCAGGAAAGACCCCCCAUAAAGAAGAUGAUCAUUUCCUUGAAGAUCAAUGACCCCCUGGUCACUAACGUCGCCUUCGCCACGGCCCUGAAGAACCUCUACCUGAGCAAAGUGGAGAUAAACAUGAACGACGUGCUGGGUGUGCUGGCUUCCGCACACAUUCUCCAGUUCAGCAGCCUGUUUCAAAGGUGUGUGGCCAUGAUGAUGAACGGACUCAUGCCAAGCACCAUCAAGGACUUCUACCUGGCCGGCUGCAAGUAUAAGGAAGCGCAGCUCACCACUGCCUGUGAGAAGUGGCUGGAAAUGAACUUGGUCCCUCUGGUGGGGACGCAGAUCCACCUCCGGAAAAUCCCGCAGGAGCUGCUCCACAAAGUGCUUCGGUCCCCCAGGUUGUUCACUUUUAAUGAGUUUCAUCUUCUGAAAACACUACUUUUGUGGGUCUUCUUGCAACUGAACCACAAAAUCCAGACGGUUCCGGUGCAUGAAACUGUGCUGGCGUUUUUUAAAAGCUUCCCCAAGAAGCAUUCCUUUCUGGAUCAGGACGCAGGACAGAGCUUGGUGCCCCUCUUCCUUUGCCUGCGCCUGCACGGCAUCAUCAAAGGCAAAAAUCUGGAGGAGUUAAGGCACAUUAAUUUCUUCCCGGAGUCCUGGUUGAUCCGAGUUACAGCCAACCAUUACCACGCACUGGAGAAUGGAGGUGACAUGGUCCACGUGAAAGAUCUCGCCACCCAGGCUAUGAGAUUUGGGCUGCUCUUUAACCAGGAGUAUACAACUCAUUCAGAAAUGAUUGCCGUAUAUGGAUUCUUCUUUGAGAUAAAGGGAAUCAAACAUGAUACUACCUCUUACAGUUUUUACAUGCAGAGACUAAAGCACACUGACUUGGGGUUCCCGACCUUGCUCUAUGAGCACGGCCCUGUUAGCCUAAGAACGGAGCGCUUGGUGAAGUACGAGAUCAGAGCCCAGACCCUGGUGGACGGCAAGUGGCAAGAGUUCAGGACCAAUCAGAUCACCCAGAAGUUUGGGUUCGUCAAGCCAUCCUGCAAAAGCCAUACCCUGAAAGUCCAAACUGUGGGCAUCCCAAUCUAUGCAAGUUUUUCAUUCAUCUUCCCAACAUCUUGACAAUUUCCAGAAGGAUCUAUGGGAUUUUUCCUUCUUCCACCAGUCUGCAUAAAAGAAAAUAAAAUGACAUUGAAGGGAC